AUGAGUCAAAAUGGCUCCCCUCCGCCUCCGGAGGGCAUUUCCUCGCUUCUGGAUACCGAUUUGUAUAAAUUGACGAUGCAGUGCGCUAUCUUGAAGUACUUUCCUGAUGUCUACGUCACCUACAGCUUCACCAACCGGACUCCUCAGAUGAAGUUGACGCGGGGUGCUUACAAAUGGCUUCUGGCACAGAUGGAUAAGCUCGCAAACAUCCGAGUCACAGACGACGAAAUCGCCUUCCUCAAGAAACGAUGUCCCUACUUCAACGACGCCUACCUGGGCUUCCUCACCACCUUCAAGCUCAAACCCUCCGAGCACAUCGAGAUCAAAUUCUCUCCCGUGAACGACACCGGCAGCGAUGACGAUUUCGGCGACGUGGAAUACAUCAUCAAGGGUCUCUGGCUGGACACCAUCCUCUACGAAAUCCCCCUCCUUGCUUUGACCAGCGAGGCCUACUUCAUGUUCUCCGAUAAGGCCUGGGACUACAGCAACCAGAUCGACAAAGCGUACCGCAAGGGCCUCAAGCUGCUUGAGCAUGGGUGCGUGUUUUCGGAGUUCGGGUCCCGACGACGUCGCGACUACCAUACCCACGACUUGGUGAUGACUGGACUGUCCCAGGCUGCGGAGGAAGCCAAGAAUAAGGGCUUUAAGGGUGUGUUCACAGGGACAAGUAACGUUCACUUCGCUAUGAAGUAUGAUGUCAAUCCGGUGGGCACGGUGGCUCAUGAAUGGUACAUGACCAUUGCGGCUAUCACGGAUGACUACCCGAACGCCAACGAGCUGGCCCUACGGUACUGGCUCGGCUGCUUCGGAGAGGGGGUCCUGGGAGUCGCAUUGACCGAUACAUUCGGCACACCUGCAUUCCUCGAUGCGUUCCGGAAACCCAUCCCCGAAUACACCAGCGCCGGAGUCGGCGCCGUGACCACGACAGCGUCCGGGCCGUCCACGACAAGCGACUCCAACAUCCAAAGCGAAGCGGCCACCAAGCCCCCAAUCUCCGCACCUAUCUCCAACAACGGGUCUCAACAAUCCCCCACGACCUACGCCCAGGCAUACACCGGUAUCCGUCAAGACUCCGGAGACCCCACGUACUUCGUGCACCUGGCGCGGGAAUUCUACGACAAAGAAGGCAUCAAGGAGAAGAAGACGGUCGUGUUCUCCGAUUCGCUAAAUAUCGAGCUCUGUCUGGAAUACAAGACCAUCGCGGAGGAAGCCGGUUUCCAACCUGUCUUUGGUGUCGGAACUUUCUUUACCAAUGAUUACACCAAUACCACCACCGGCGAGAAAUCCAAGCCCCUCAACAUCGUCAUCAAGAUCUCUACCGCGAACGGCCGCCCAGCCGUCAAACUCAGCGACAACAUGGGCAAGAACACAGGCGACAAGGAGAAGGUACAGGCCGUGAAGAAGCAGCUCGGAUACAUCGAGCAGGAAUGGGAGCAGGGCGACGAGAGUAACCGAUGGAGCAAGUAA